AUGGGGUUCCUCACGCGCGUGAUCGCGAGCGGGAUCGAGGACGGGGCGCGGCGAGAGGCGGCGCUCGAGCGACACCUCGAACGGGUGACGACGCGAUGCGAGGCGCUACGGGAUAAUUGGGACCAACCGACGAAGAGCGAUAAGUUUUGGUUGAAGGCAAAGGCGAGGUUGGCGCACGAGGACGCGGAGCGGGCGGGGGAGCACCCGGGACGGCGGGCGCCGUGGUGA